CUUGUUUGGUAUACGUGUAUAAUGGAAAAGGAAAGCGGUCAGGGCGUAAUCAACAAGAAUGCCAACGUUGAUUGAUGGAAAUUCCCGCAUAAUAAGGAAUGAGAGCUGUAUAUAUAAUUUGUAGUAUACACAAAGGAACGAAGACGGCAUCUGCGAAACGGUAUCAUCCUCUGAAGACAGCAGUUAUUAUUGGCUCAGGAGGCCAUACAACUGAGAUUUUAAAACUAUUGCAGAAUCUUAACUCUGUAAACUAUUCACCUCGAAUUUAUAUAAUGGCUUCAACUGAUACCUCUAGUGAAGUUAAAAUCCAUAAAACAGAAGAAACAUGCUUCUCACAUAAUGGGUUAAACUCGUAUGAAAUUGUCAAGAUACCAAGGAGCCGAAGUGUUGGUCAGAUGUAUAUUUCGUCUGUGUUCACAACCUUGUUUGCCCUACUAGUUUCGUUGCCAAUCAUGCUGAAGAAACGACCGGAGGUUAUUAUCUGUAAUGGUCCAGGAACAUGCAUUCCAAUUUGUGUUAUAGCAUUUAUGAUGAGGGUCCUGUAUAUAACGGACACAAAAAUAGUGUUUGUUGAGAGCAUAUGCCGGGUAAAGACUCUGUCUUUGUCUGGCAAAAUACUGUUGCUGUUUGCUGACAUAGUUCUUGUGCAGUGGCCAAAGUUGAAGGAGCGUUACAGAAGAACUACCUUUAUUGGAAGAUUAACAUAACUGCAACUGUAGUAUCUUACUUCAGAUGGAUAGUUACAUUUUAUGGGCCUGUAGUUUACCCAACUGUACCCUUUGUAAAAUCACUGUUACAUAUUUCCUUUAAAAUGCAUUCUCUUGGUACUGAUGUAUGUCCACAGUUCAGUCCUAUCAUUUGCAGAGUCCCGUGUAGUUCUAGAAGAAACUUGAAGCCAGAUGAACUCAAGAACACCACAUUCUGUGUACUGCAUAUGUGGACUACUGUACUGAACCAGUAUUUGUUAGGAUCAGCAUUAAUAUGUUUACUUUUAUGUUAGAAGGUUUUGAGCAAUUUUGUUGAGGAAAUUCAGAAUAAUUCUCAAGAGGUCACUUGUGAGGAAGUUGCAUAACAUACUUCAGAUGGGAAGAGUAUAAUUGUUACAAUUACAUCUAGGCUUGCUGGCUGUAGUUGAGACAGUGCCCCAUUUAAAAUGCAGCCAACAUUUAGUUUGCAUAGUAAUCUCUUACUUAUUUGCAAGUUACAUAUCAUGCAGAUUCUUGGAUUCAAUUUCAAAUUAUAUUUUUAAACAACAUAUUAUUCAGCCAAGUAGUACAAUAGAUAUUAAAGUUUUAUAAAAUACUUUUUAAGCCACUCAAAGGAAGAACGAGUGAACAUCUCCCUGCUUUACUUUUCUUCAGUCUUGCACCUGAUAUUAUGUAGAAGUGACAUGGAAAGUUGUGCUUUCUCUCACAUACAUUACUUAUGCGUCAUUAAGUUUGAUGGUUUCUUACUCUGUACUAUCUAGAUACACCUGGGUAAUAAUCUGGUUCACCCAUGGUCCUAAGAUUGUUACCAUUUUCAGGAUGCUUGUCUCCUUGUACACACAGUGAUUAUUAAAAAGAAGACUACCACUGCACUUUGGCACUGCAAUUUCCUAACAAAAUUUUGAAGUGGUACUUAGGGUACUGGUAGAAUAGCUGUUCUUUGCAUCAGCAGUUGUGUUGUCCACUGGGGCAUGCACAUAUAUCAAAUCAGUGACCUCUUAGUAUUAUAUACUAUAUUAUGUCACUAAUAAACUCUGCCUUUUUAACUGCUGAUAUGGUUUCCUUAUGUAUGAACACUCCUGUACCCCAAUUCAUGAUUCUCAUUCCCAUUUCCACAGAAAACUGUACAAUUGCUUGCUGGUUCAGUGCCACUCCUGUGCCAUCUGACCUCCUGUACUCCCUCUAAGUCUAAUUUACACUUUUCUAAUUCUCUUGCUACUGUUUCAAUGAACCUGACCUAUAGACACCUUACAUUCCACAUGCCAAAUGUCAUGUACAUUUUCCUUUGCUUGGGUCAUUUAAAGGAAUACAAAUCUGAGGCCCUGUGUAACAUUUUGUAACAAACUUUUCUUUUAUGGUGAAUCCAAACCCCUCCCAGGAUGGUGGCCCACCCCUUGUAAGUGGUCUGUGAAUAUUUAUUCGAUACACUCACAGAUACUCUCCAUAGCUGGAGGACAUUUCCUACAUCCACAACAUGAUGUGCCAUGCUGUGGUGACAAGGAACCUUCUAUAUAAUAAAUAUUUUAUAUCUGAUAUGUAGGUAUGUUUAUGAUCAGCAUACCAGAUAUCACUGCCACACCCCAAAUGAAAGGAAAUGUUUGCAUGACUACCAAGUUGCUGCAUUAGAUUCUAUAAUAAAUUACCUUAGCAAAAUUGGCAUACUUUUCCAGAUACCAUUCAUCAUUUCAUAAGUGGAGCUAGUGUUGCUCCAGUCUCACAAGUCUAUGCAUCUGCCAUGUUGUUACGGAUUAUAAUAAAUUAAAAAGUAUAAAGCUAUGAUAUUCACACCCAAGUUUUGUGAAAACUGGUGAACUGGUUCAAAAGUUGAAAUGGGGGAACACGCAUGGAUAAACAUAUAACAUGCCAAUGUCAGAAACCUGCUUUAUUUAUGAAGGGGAGUAGGCUAAAAAUAAUAGCAUUUAAAUUAGUUUGAGCUGCUGGCUCAGAUGAUCACAAAAUGGAGAAUUUGCCACCCGUUUAUCACUAUUAAAAGAUGCUCAUAAUGAACAUUAUUUUACGAACUAACUACGGUUAGACUGCAGUGUACGAGUUUAAGUAGAAGUAAGAGUGCAUAUUGUGAAAAUAAUGUUCAUUUAUUUAACAUUCUGUGCACAGCAACUCAUGCUGUUAUAUUAUACAAGACAUACAGAAGAGAAAUAUUCUACACAAUAACACCAUUUACUUCCACUGACUUGUGAUUUGAUAUUUCCAGUGAAAUUACUAAUUGCAUACUGUCCAAAAGCAAUCACAGUUAAGCAGUUACAUACGGUUCAUUUUAUGAAUCCCUUUCAUUACAAUACGAAGUACAUAAGAGUGCUUUGAACUUAUCAAAGAAUCAAACAUGGCUGUAACUAUACAAAGUA